UGCUUGUCUACGUCAACCAAGAGUCAAGACAGCUCAGUACUGACAGGAGCUGAACUGCACAGUUCGGGAUUCAAGACCAUAGCAUGUCCUCGGUCAAAUGGCUGUGAUUCCGUAACAGAAUAGAACACUAAAAAGUCUUGUGCUUCAUUCGUGGUUGGAGCUUUCCCCUUCAAACAAAAUUUCAAAUAAAUAAUUAGGCUGCUGACGAUAUUGAAAGCCACCAUAAUGUUGGGGCUACUGGUCGUAGCAGCGCUCUGCUGUGCUUCGCAAGCGGCUGAUCAGCCCAACAUCCUCUUCAUUGCAGCGGAUGACUUGGGUUGGAAUGACGUAGGCUUCCAUGGAAACGAGGCCAUAAAGACUCCACACCUGGACGCGCUGGCACGGGAAGGGGUCAUUCUGAAUCGUACAUACGUACAGCCAUUGUGUUCUCCGUCAAGAAGUUGCUUCAUGAGCGGACGUUUUCCAUUCCACACAGGACUGCAGCACAUUGUGAUUAAGCCGGAUCUUGGCUAUGGACUAAACCUGAGCAUUACGACCACUGCUCAGCACAUGAAGUCUCUGGGAUACUCAACUCACAUUGUUGGAAAGUGGCAUCUUGUAUUCUGCAGUAAACAGUACACUCCAACUCAGCGUGGCUUUGACUCCUUCUAUGGCUACUACCUAGGAGCAGAAGACUAUUACACGCAUCAGCGAGCUUUACCCAUUCCUGUUCCAGCAGUCCAGCUUGGUAAAAAGGUCGUAGUUUCAGGCUUGGACUUUCAUCGUGACACAGCGGAGUCUUACAGCAAUGUCCUGGAUGACAACGGUACCUACUCUGCGUAUUUGUUCAGCAGAGAGGCCAUCAACAUUGUGAAGAAGCACAACGCAUCAGCUGGUCCCCUCUAUAUGUAUCUGCCAUUCCAAUCAGUCCAUAAUCCUCUAGAGGCUCCGUUGCGCUUUCUGGAGAUGUACUCAACCAUCAAGGAUAAAAAUAGGCGAACUCUAUCUGCAAUGGUGUCAGCCAUGGAUGAAGCAAUUGCCAACAUCACGCAGGCGUUCAAGGACCAGGGACUCUGGAACAACACCAUGCUGAUAUUCACAACGGAUAACGGAGGACCAGUCACACAAGGUGCCAACAACUGGCCAUUGCGUGGCAGCAAAGCCACGGUGUGGGAAGGUGGCACGCGCGGCUCGGCGUUCAUUCAUGGAUUCAUGCUGAACAAGACCGGAUAUACAUAUAACGGCUUGACUCAUGCGGUCGACUGGUAUCCGACUGUUGUGUCCAUGGCCGGUGGAAAAGUCGAAGAUCCUGAAAUGGAUGGCAUGGACAUGUGGCCAGCGUUGCAGAACAACUUGACGUCACCCAGAACUGGUUUUGUGUACAACAUCGACAAGACCGGGGAUGUGUCGGCUAUCAGAGUGGGGAAGUAUAAAUAUAUCAAGGGCAAUCCGGGAAUUGGUGGCUGGUAUCCUGCACCUACAGUUGAUCUUGCCCUGGAGGAUUAUGGUGAUGACGGCGAAAUCUCAGCAGACAAGGGACCUUGGCUGUUUGACUUGGAUGUUGACCCAUUAGAGAAGAACAAUCUCUACUCAAGUAUGCCAGACCAGGUGAAGGUGAUGGAGGCCCAGCUGGCCGAGUACAUGGAGGGAUACGUCAACGACCUCUAUAGCCAGCACCAGCCAGAUCCCAAAUGCAACCCAGAUCUCUUCAACGGAGCCUGGUCAUCAGGAUGGUGCUGAUUACUAGUGUGAUAGUAUCCAUCAUGUCCUGGUAACAACACAUCGCUUUAUUACGAUUUGGGUCGAUUUUGAUACUAUAAUUAUGUAUAAUCAUUUCCACCUGAGUCACAGAGUACUACGCAUCUGGACUCCAGGUAGUCGUAACAAACAAAUGGCAAACCGAAAACAAUGGGUCUAUGUAAUAUUAUAAUUAAAUAAUUCAGAAUACUUUUGCUUUCUCCCAUGCCGAGCUGCCCAGCAUGCCUGCGUCAUCUCCCAGGACUCUACUUGCUUCUCAGAGUCUGGUAUCGUGAAUUGAUUGAUGGGUGCUGAGCCAAAUUGGCCGUGGUAAA